AUGCCCCGCCGGGUUGGACAACUUGACACUGCUGAGAUCAUCUUUAGCAACCCGGUUGUUCGCUUAUAUCCAAACACUACCAUGACAACUCAAACCUCAAUCCACGAGCCCGCAACGGCUGACGGCUGGCAUGGCGUCAUCCCGAGUCAGGAGUUCCCCGCCGAGAAAGGCCGGUAUCACCUCUAUAUCGGCCUGUUUUGCCCAUUCGCCCACCGCGCGAAUUUCGUGCGUCAUCUGAAAGGCUUGAAAGACUUUAUCGAUAUCAGCAUUGUCAAGCCAUACCCCAAGGGUGACACCAAAGGCUGGCCAGGAUGGCGCUUCCCAACCUCCGACGAUGAGUACCCUGGUGCGACAGUCGAUCACCUGUUUGGCGAAGACUAUUUGCACAAAGUCUAUUUCCGCGCCGAUCCGGAUUAUAAGGGGCGGUAUUCGGUGCCGCUAUUGUGGGAUAAGAAGACCGGCACGGCGGUUUGUAAUGAAAGUGCUGAACUUCUCCGAUGGCUCCCCACGGCAUUUAAUGAGUUGCUACCGCCAUCGCUUGCUACAAUUGAUCUCUACCCGUUGCACCUGCGAGAAAAGAUCGAUGCACUCACCCCUUGGAUCCAAUCUGAUGUCAACAUGGGAGUAUACAAAGCAGGCUUUGCAUCCUCGCAGGAAAAUUACGAUAAAAACGUCAUUCCUGUCUUUGGGGCGCUGAACAAACUCGAAAAACUGAUUGCAAAGAAUGGAGGCCCAUAUGUGCUCGGCAGGGAUUUGACUGAGCUGGAUAUUCGGCUGUAUGCGACAAUAAUACGUUUUGACACGGUUUAUGUGCAGCAUUUCAAGUGCAAUCUGGGCACUAUUCGACAUGAUUAUCCAGUUUUGAAUAACUGGCUGAAGGGGAUGUAUUGGAAUGUUGAAGCAGCGAGGGACUCAACAAAUUUUCUGCAUAUCAAAGAAAAUUAUACAAAGAGUCAUGUGGAUAUCAAUCCAAAAUCAAUCACUCCUAUGGGUCCUUUCCCUGAUGUUGAAGGAGGAUUUGAACCUGAUUGGAGUAAACUGGUUGCUGGCGAGGUCAAGCAUUCAGCUGUUUUAAAUUAUGAAGCGACGAUUCCUGAUCCGGAGUGA